AUGCGACUCGGUCCACGAGAAUUACUCGAGUAUAACGCGAAACACAAAGUGCUGAUUUGCCGAGAUUGCCACUACGCCAUUCAGAAAAAUGCGUUGGGGAGCCAUUUGCUCCGUCACAAAAUUUACCGAGAAGAAAGGCUUCGCUUAUUAUCCACCAUUCAUCAACUCGACAUCGUUGAACCGGAUGAUGUGCCACUGCCUGGUCCAAGUACCCUGCCGGUUGAUGCCCUACCCGCAGUGUCUGGGUAUUCCUGCACCAUGGCCGGGUGUGGGCAUCUCUGUGCUAGCUCCAAACGCAUGAGACGCCACUGGAGUGAUGCCCACAAUGCUAGUGCGCCGAAUAAUUUUGCCUCUCAAGCGCGCUCUGUGAAGCUUCAGACGUUCUUUCGCGGUACGAAACUCAAGUAUUUCGAGGUCUCUGUGCCAAGUAGAGCCGCAGAGUCACAGGGCUUCGAUGAAGGGAGUGGGCUUGACAGACAGGACUCUGUUGUGAAUGAAAUGUCGUCACUAGCACAGCCGAUGUCACUUUCUGAGUCUUCUCCCGUGGUAGACCUAGAGACAUUGACCUACUUCCAUCAUUUCAUCAUUGCAACGUGUCUAACACUUCCCAAAAUCGAGGAUUCUCCACCGUCACAAUACUGGGGGACAUACGUCAUUUCGUUGGCUCUACAACAACGGUGGCUGAUAUGCGGAUUGCUGGCCAUUUCCGCGUACCAUUCAGCCACGCUCGAGGGCGAGACAACAGCACAGCAAAAGCACUGUGAGUGGGCGACCAAGCUCCGUUCCGAAUUCUUCCUCGGAUUCAACGAGAUAAUGAACAAUAUUUCAGACACUGCGUCCACCGAGAAUUUCCAGGAAACGAAAAACGCAGCAAUCCAAGUAAGGAGCAUCAUGAGCUGUGCGCGGUGGACUUUGACUGGAUUCACUGCGAAUUAUGAGACUGUCCUGGGUCCUGCCACAGUCCAGUCUUGGCUACAAUCUUUACUAUGCGAGGUUCAAGAUUUUGCGUCUUCUCAACUGGGAGACUCUUCAGAUAUCGAGCAGAGCAAGGGCGAUGAGAUUCGAACAUCUUUGAGUACGAAUCGCCCACAAGAUACCGCCACAACACCGACUGUGCUACUCAACCGUCUUCAGAUGCUCCCUUAUCGUAUGGCCGAGAUAUUCGGAAAACCAGAUCAUGAGCAAGAUGCCCCGGCUGUUAUACACGGCAUUGCAGCCUUGCUUCGAUGCUGUAGCAGCAUUUUUGAGUCCAAUGGUUUACCAGCCAAUGAUUUAUCAAGGCCGUGGCAAGGUAUAAGCGCAUGGUUAAACAAAACCACGGACCACUUCAAUCAUAUGGUUUCACUUCAAAAUCCAGCAGCGCUUAUCCUGCUAGCCCACUGGGCGGCCAUUCUGCUUAAGCGGGCUGAAGUUUAUGAGUGCUGGUUCAUACAUGGGUUUUCAAGGGCGAUUGUUUUGCUUAUUCACGAACAUCUUUCUACGGAUGAUGCAGGUCAAAAUUUGGUUGAAGGCCUGCUGGAGUGA